GUCCAGGACACGUUCAUGACUUAUGAGAUAUACGAUGAUGUCAUAACUCUGCGUCUGGUGCAGGAGGCAUGUACUAUGCUGGACUUGCCUUCUGAAGUGGUGCUGAAGCUUUUCGGGGAGUACUUCUUCAGCUUCUGUAAAAUGUCGGGGUACGACACCAUGCUCCGUACGCUAGGGGGGAACCUGGUGGAAUUCAUUGAGAACCUGGAUGCCCUUCACAGCUACCUGGCUCUCUCCUACCAGGAGAUGAAUGCUCCCUCGUUCCGUGUGGAGAAGAGUGAUGAUGGGAGGAUGUUGCUUCAUUACUACUCUGACAGGAAAGGCCUAUAUCACAUUGUGCCAGGCAUCAUUGAGGCGGUGGCCAAAGACUUCUUUGACAGUGAAGUGAGCAUGACCAUCCUUAACCAAUCAGAGGAGGACGAGCGCACAGGGAAGAAAGAGCAUGUGGUCUUCCUGGUCUCUCAGAGGAGCAGAGGGUCAAAGAGGGAUUUCCGGCCUGAAGGAGAGAACAAGGACGUAACGAAGGAGGAUGAGGAGAGUGAUAGGAGGCAUCAGGCGGCGGCAUUGGAGAGGAUGAGAGCCAGGUGUGCCAGUCUGCCCCACUGCCCUGCUGGGAAAAGAUCACGCUGGGGCAUGGUUAGGAGCGUUGUCAUGUUUGGAAAAGACAACCUUCUGAAGUCGUUCACACCCUGCUAUCCAGAUAAGCUGUGGAUGGAGGAACAAGCAUUCUGCAACGCCUUCCCUUUCCACAUUGUCUUUGAUAAACAGCUGAAGGUGAAGCAGACUGGGGUUAACAUCCAGAAGUUUGUCCCUGGGCUGCAGACGAUGGACAUCCGUCUGGAUGAGUACUUCAGCAUUGUCCAUCCGCAGGUGACUUUCAACAUCGAGAGCAUCAGGAAGUUCAUCAACAGCCAGUUUGUCCUGAAGACCAGACGGGAGAUGGUGCCGCUGGCCUCUCAGCAUCAGUCCAUGCUCAAACUCAGAGGUCAGAUGGUGUGGAUGGAGUCUCUGGGCUGCAUGGUGUACCUGUGCUCCCCGAAGCUGCGCAGCCUGCAGGAGUUGGAGGAGAGGGGUCUGCACAUCUCCGACAUCGCCCAGCACGACACCACCCGAGACCUCAUCCUGCUCAACCAACAGCGUCUGGCUGAGAUGGAGCUGUCCAAUCAGCUAGAGCGCAAAAAGGAGGAGCUGAGGAUCCUCUCACGCCACCUAGAGGUGGAGAAGAAGAAGACGGAGACUCUGCUGUACGCCAUGUUGCCUCGCCACGUAGCCAACCAGCUGAAGGAGGGAAAGAGGGUGGAAGCAGGUGAGUUCCAGGUGUGCACCAUCCUGUUCAGUGAUGUGGUCACCUUCACCAACAUCUGUGCUGCCUGCGAGCCCAUCCAGAUCGUCAACAUGCUCAACUCCAUGUACUCCAAGUUCGACCGCCUUACCAGCGUCCAUGACGUGUACAAGGUGGAGACUAUUGGAGAUGCCUACAUGGUGGUGGGUGGGGUUCCCAUUCCAGCUGACAGCCAUGCAGAGCGGGUGGCCAACUUUGCCCUGGGGAUGCGUAUCGCUGCCCGGGAGGUGACCAACCCUAUCACUGGGCAACCCAUCCAGAUUCGGGUGGGUCUGCACACAGGUCCAGUGUUGGCUGGUGUGGUAGGAGACAAGAUGCCUCGAUACUGCCUGUUUGGAGAUACGGUCAACACUGCCUCCCGCAUGGAGAGUCACGGUGUGCCUGACCACAUACACCUCAGCCCCUCCACAUACAGUGCGCUGGAGGAUAAGGGCUUUGACAUCCUGGAAAGAGGAGAGAUCCAGGUGAAGGGGAAAGGCCUGAUGACCACCUACUUCCUGCUGCAGAACCUGUGUGUGUCUGAGGACGCCAUCAUGGCCAGAGGGACAGGAGAGCCAUGCGUGUACAGAGACAACCAGCAGGGGGCGGGAGACAGCGAGAGAGACACAGAUGAACCAGACAGUGUGAGAAAAGAGGAAACCUCAACGAAUGGCCAAACCACGGCGCCUGCUUCUCCUUCCAGUGACCUCACCAACGAAGACACACCUUUUCUGGGAGACAAUACACCUUUUCAAAAUGGCCACCUCAACGACGUGAACUCACGAUUCUGCCGACUGCUCUAAGAAAGCAUCGAGUUGAGGAACAUCUGUGUGCGCAUGGCAAUGAGUGACUCUGACUGUCAGAAGGACCGGGACCUGAGAGAUCUGCA